CAAAUUCCCCAGGGGUAUCUCUGUCCCAUUACCUUCUCCCUUACUCCAACCCGCCGUCGCUUAAAUCCGAUUACUUGCGCUCUCUCAGACACGAAAUCCAGCGCGCGUUUCCCGUAUUCGCAUAUUCUCUCUCUCUCUCUCUCUCUCUCUCUCUCUCUCUCUCUCUCUCUCAGUUUCCGUUAGGGUUUGGUUUAUCGUUUAUCUACACUCCAAUCCCUCCCCCCCCCCCUCUCUCUCUCUGUUUAUAUAUAUGUAUGUAUAUACACAACUCAUCUCCAUCUAACUAGCUAUACAUUACAGUCUAUCUGUAUGUUGUUUGUUUGAAUGUUUUUGUAACAUAUCUAAGUGAAGAAGAGACUCGAAGCUCGCAAUGGGAGUACCAGCAUUUUACAGGUGGUUGGCGGAGAAGUAUCCGUUGGUGGUGGUGGAUGUAAUCGAGGAAGAACCUGUCGAAAUCGAGGGCGUCAAGAUUCCCGUCGACACGAGUAAACUUAAUCCCAACAGUAUCGAAUUCGACAACCUUUAUCUCGAUAUGAACGGGAUUAUUCACCCUUGUUUUCAUCCCGAGGACCGCCCCUCUCCUAGAACUUUCGAUGAGGUGUUCCAGUGCAUGUUUGACUAUAUAGACAGACUUUUCAUAAUGGUGCGACCCCGAAAGCUACUAUACAUGGCUAUUGAUGGUGUAGCCCCGAGAGCAAAAAUGAAUCAACAGCGAUCUAGGCGUUUUAGAGCUGCUAAAGAUGCAGCAGAUGCGGCAGCUGAAGAAGAAAAGUUGCGCGAGGAGUUUGAGAGGGAAGGCAGAAAGCUCCCUGCGAAACAGGAAUCACAAGUUUUCGACUCUAAUGUGAUCACUCCUGGAACUGAAUUUAUGGGCGUCUUAUCCGUAGCUUUGCAAUACUAUAUCCAUCUCCGUCUUAACAAUGAUCCUGGAUGGAAAUCUAUUAAGGUUAUUCUUUCUGAUGCAAAUGUUCCUGGUGAAGGAGAACACAAAAUAAUGUCGUAUAUUCGGCUUCAAAGGAAUCUUCCUGGUCAUGAUCCAAAUACAAGCCAUUGCUUGUACGGCUUGGACGCUGAUCUAAUCAUGUUGGCUUUAGCUACUCAUGAAGUCCAUUUUUCAAUACUCAGGGAGGUUGUAUUCACCCCUGGACAACAAGACAAAUGUUUUCUAUGUGGUCAAAUGGGCCAUUUGGCAGCAGACUGUAAAGGCAAGGCAAAGAGAAAGGCAGGGGAGUUUGAUGGGAAAGGUGACGCUGAUGUUGUGGCCAAAAAGCCUUACCAGUUUCUCAACAUUUGGACGCUUAGGGAGUAUUUGGAAUAUGAAAUGAGAAUACCGAAUCCUCCUUUCGAGAUUGAUCUCGAGUGCAUUGUCGAUGACUUCAUCUUCAUGUGUUUCUUUGUUGGCAAUGACUUUUUGCCACAUAUGCCCACGCUGGAGAUUCGUGAGGGUGCAAUUAACUUGCUGUUGGCUGUGUAUAAGAAGGAAUUUAGGGCAUUGGGCGGGUAUUUGACUGAUGCGAGCAAGCCUAAUCUGAGCAGGGUGGAGCACUUCAUUCAGGUUGUGGGAUCAUAUGAGAAUAAGAUAUUCCAGAAAAGAGCUCGGCUGCAUCAGAAUCAAGCUGAAAGAAUCAAGCGGGAAAAGGCGCAAACAAAAAGAGGAGAUGAUAUAGAACCUCAAGUUAAACCCGAUUCUAUUGUACCUGUUGCUCGUUAUCAUGGUUCUCGUCUUGCUUCAGCUUCGUCACCUUCACCAUAUCAGCAUAAGGGAUUUGGUUACAGUACAGCAAGCACGUCGUCUGUUAGAAAUGAAAACUUACUUGGGCAGGUCACUAUGGAUGUAUCAGUCCUUGACAUUUGUAACAAGAAGCCUGAGACAUCUGAUGAUAAACAAAACUAUUUCCGGGCUAGAAAAAGCGCACGUUUGGCAUCUGGAGCUACUGUUGGUGCUGCUGUUGUUGAGGCAGAGAAUAGUCUUGAAAUAGAAAUGCAUGAAAACAAAGAAGAAUUGAAAACAAAGCUAAAGGAGUUGCUUCGCGAGAAGUCUGAUGUAUACAGUUCUGAAAAUCCAGACGAGGACAAGAUCAAAUUGGGAGACCCAGGCUGGAAAGAGAGGUACUAUGAAGAAAAGUUUAGUGCAAAAUCUCCCGAGGAACUUGAACGGAUGCGAAAAGAUGUUGUUUUGCAGUACACAGAAGGUCUGUGUUGGGUUAUGCACUAUUACUAUGAAGGGGUUUGUUCCUGGCAAUGGUUUUAUCCUUAUCAUUAUGCACCAUUUGCUUCAGAUCUCAAGGAUCUGAGCAAGCUGAGCAUAAGCUUCGAACUGGGUUCCCCAUUCAAGCCAUUCAAUCAGCUGCUGGGGGUUUUACCUGCUGCAAGCGCUCAUGCUCUUCCAGAGCAUUAUAGGAGAUUGAUGACUGAUCCAAAUUCGCCUAUCAUAGAUUUUUAUCCAUCUGAUUUCGAAGUCGACAUGAAUGGAAAGCGGUAUGCUUGGCAGGGUGUGGCCAAGUUGCCUUUCAUUGAUGAAGCCCGUCUACUUGCAGAGGUCGCAAAAGUUGAACAUACUUUGACGGAGGAAGAAGUGCGAAGAAAUAGCAUGAUGUUCGACAUGCUUUACGUGGCGUUAUCUCACCCUUUAUCUCCUUACAUAUUCUCUCUGGAUGACCGCUACAAGCAGUUGACAGACAAGGAAAGAGCUGAAAUCAAGGAGCAACUUGAUCCAAGGGCCAGCGAUGGGAUGAAUGGGUAUAUAUCCCUUUGUGCUGGAGAUCCUUGCCCCCCAGUUUUCAGGUCACCUGUUGGUGGAAUGGAAGAUGUUAUGAACAAUCAAGUCAUAAGUGCUAUUUACAGACUUCCAGAUGCCCACGAACACAUCGCUCGUCCACCUGCAGGGGUUAUAUAUCCAGAGAAGACUGUUACGAUGGGGGAUCUAAAAGCUGAGCCUCCUUUAUGGCAUGAGGACUUUGGAAAGAGGCCGUGGGAAAAUGGAAGGCACCUCCCAAAUGGAACUAUUUCUGGUCGGCAGCUUGGUGAGGCUUCACACCGCCUUGUAGUAAAUAGCUUACAAUUAAGGACUGAUCGGAAUGGUUUUAGCAAUCAGCAGCAUGGCCGACCUUUAUCUUCCUAUCAAAAUAACAGAUACCACGAUAACGAACGGAACAAGAUGGUGCCACCUAGGACAGGCUAUCAUCCUCAAACUUCCCAUGGUCACCACAGGCCACAAAAUCCCUCUCCAGUACAAAAUCAUUUCAACCAAAGUUAUCGUGGUCCGCAUGCUUCCUUAGUUUCUCAUGAUGCAUACAGUGGGUACCAUUCUCAGUACAAAAGGAACAAUCAUUCUACUGACCAAAAUAGGGACUAUUCAUCACGAUUCCAACAAUAUGGUAGAAACAGGUACCCCGGGCAAGGCCCUCCUCGUGUUGGAGUCCAACGUCCUGUGCAGAGUGCGGCCCAGUUUCAACAACAGGGUGGAUAUCCACUGCAAUUCCAACAAUAUGGUGGAAACAGAUAUGCUGGACAAGGCCCGCCUCAUCGUGGGGUCUCAACUCCCAUUCCAAAUAGAGCCCAAUUUCACCAACAGGGCGGAUACAACUAUGGGAGCUACCAACAUUAUGGAGCUUCCAACUACACUAGUUACCGAGCUAGUGCUACCUGGGUCCCUCUGGCAAACCAGAGUGGUGGGAGAGAAGGUAUUCGUCCUCAACAAGUAGGCGGUCAGUUGUCAGCAUUAGAUCAGGGAGCAAGCAGAAAUCCACCACCUCCCAGGUACAACCAUUAGAGGCCAGAAUUCAUAAGGAAUUGUUGUACAUUAGCUUGUCACCUAGUGUCCAAUAGCUUUUACCAUCAUGUUCCCUUUGUUCUUUUUGUGUUAGUUGUUUAGUCAGUAGAUUCGAACUAGGUUGUUAUUUCAUUUGAUAGUGGUGGGCAUUUGUAGAAGAAAAGAAAAUGUUGUAUUCUCUUACCCUUAAUUUGAUAAUGCAAAAGUCAAAAACUUUAAGCUA